AUGCUCGCUAUCUCACGGUGUGCACGGCCGUCGCUGCUGCGACAGGCUGCUUCCCGUACUUACAGCUCGGCGGCCAGCCCUUAUGCUGCCACCAUUAACAAUCUCCGCAUCAACUCGGACACCAAGGUUCUCUACCAGGGCUUCACCGGAAAGCAGGGAACCUUCCACGCCCAGCAGGCUCUUGACUACGGUACCAAGGUUGUUGGCGGAACAAACCCCAAGAAGGCCGGCACCACACACCUGGGCCUCCCCGUUUUCGGAACGGUCUCAGAAGCCGUCAAGCAAACUGGCGCCACGGCCACGGCCAUCUUCGUUCCCCCACCUGUGGCCGCAAGCGGUAUUGAGGAGGCAAUCGCGGCCGAGAUCCCCCUCAUUGUCUGCAUCACGGAGGGUAUCCCGCAGCAUGAUAUGCUCCGCAUCACCAACAUCCUGAAAACCCAGUCCAAGACCCGUCUCGUUGGUCCCAACUGCCCUGGUAUCAUCGCUCCUGGCCAAUGCAAGAUCGGCAUUAUGCCCGGCUUUAUCCACAAGCGUGGCCGUAUUGGAAUCGUCAGCCGCUCCGGUACCCUCACCUACGAGGCUGUCAACCAGACCACGCAGGCCGGCCUGGGCCAGUCCCUCGUCGUUGGCAUCGGUGGUGACCCGUUCAGCGGCACCAACUUCAUCGACUGCCUGAAGGUGUUCCUUGCUGACGAAGAGACCGAGGGCAUCAUCAUGAUUGGCGAGAUUGGCGGUUCGGCUGAGGAGGAUGCUGCCGAGUUCCUUCUUGCCAACAACACGGUCAAUGGCGGCAAGCCGGUUGUGUCGUUCAUUGCGGGUAUCUCGGCGCCGCCUGGGCGUCGCAUGGGCCACGCCGGUGCUAUUGUCUCGGGCGGCAAGGGCGGUGCCGACUCCAAGAUCAGGGCGCUGGAGGCGGCAGGUGUCGUCGUCGAGCCCUCUCCGGCCGGCCUGGGCAAGGCUCUGCGCGACGAGUUUGUCCGCCGCGACCUGCUGUAA